CACGGUUGUCUGUCACCGAAUCUCAACUAGACGGUAUCCUCACCAAGUUCUGGGAGGUGGAGGAUGUUCCAGUGAAGCCGGGUAAGGAAUCCAGCUCGGUGUGUGAAAAUAAUUUCCAGCAAACCACCACAAGGGAUAAAGAAGGAAGAAAUGAAGUACGGCUGAGUAAAAACGCUCUUUUGAGAAAGCAGUAUAACUCAGUUAUUCAGGAAUAUUUAGAUUUAGGUCAUAUGCACCUAGUCUCUCCAAAUGACGACUCCAGCAAUUUUUACUUGCCGCACCACGCGGUUUUCAAGCCAGACAGUACGACCACAAAGGUUCGCGUGGUGUUUAACGCCUCCAAUAAAUCGUCAAACGGGUACAGCCUAAAUGAUAUCCUUCAUACAGGUCCGGUACUGCAAUCUGAUUUAACCACCCAGAUCCUCAAAUGGCGUUUCUUUAAAUACGUCUUCAAUGCUGACAUCACUAAGAUGUAUCGGCAGAUUCUCGUCCAUUCCGAUCAUACACGUUUCCAAAGAAUCCUGUUCCGCGAUAAAGAGGGGAAACUCUGUGAUUAUGAGCUCAACACUGUCACUUUCGGCGUUAACUGUGCCCCUUUUUUGGCCAUACGCGUGCUUAAACAACUGGCUCAUGAUGUACGUGACCAAUAUCCUUUGGCAAGUGACAUAAUUUCUAGUUUUAUGUAUGUCGAUGAUGUUUUAGCCGGCACCCACACGCAGCAGUCCGCUAUUUCAGCCAUCAAAGAGCUCCGCGGUGCCCUAGAGAGUGCGGGCUUUCCACUGCGCAAGUGGACCUCAAACGAGAAGAAACUUUUACAGGGCAUUCCAAAGGAACACUUGAUUAGGGCCGACUUUCUGGAAUUGGAAGACGCCAGUAUGGCAAAAACUCUGGGAAUCCGUUGGCAUGCGACAUCGGACAGUUUCCUCUUCCUGCCGAUGGAUAUUUCUCUCCAAACAACCUACACCAAACGAGAGGUUUUAUCCCAGAUAGCCAAACUAUUUGACCCAGCAGGAUGGUUAUCGCCAUUUAUUGUUCGGGCAAAAAUGCUCAUGCAAGAAAUUUGGUUGCGGGAGUUAAGCUGGGACCAGCCUCUUCCGACUGAUCUUGUCACAAGGUGGCGUAAUUUUCUUGAAGGGUAUCAGACUUUGAAAGAAGUUCGCAUCCCAAGAUGGGUAAGAUUUCAUCCAGCAGCAAAACUGCAGUACCACGGGUUUUGCGAUGCGUCGCAGAGCGCCUAUGGUGCUGCCAUCUUUGUUCGCGUCGAAACGACUGAUGGCUGCUUCACCCACUUGCUUUUAUCCAAAACCCGAGUUGCUCCAGUAAAGUCCCUUUCCAUACCGCGAUUAGAGCUGUGCGGUGCGGUGCUUCUCUCCGAACUCGCCGCAGCAGUUCUCUCCGAAAUGCCUCCUACUCAGUAUGAUACGUAUUAUUGGACAGACUCCACGAUAGUGCUGGCAUGGCUAAGCAAGCCAGCAUGCACUUGGACUACAUUCGUUGCCAACAGAGUCGCGAAAGUUGAUCAGCUCACCAACAGAGAACAGUGGUUUCAUGUGAAAUCGGAAGAUAACCCGGCUGAUCUGGCAAGCAGGGGCGUCUCAGUCCAUGAGCUCAAGGACAGCAACCUCUGGUGGCAUGGGCCUGAGUGGCUGCGUCACAACCAGGAGCAGUGGCCACUCAAUUCGUCGGUCCCGCUCGAAACCGAGCUCGAACAGCGCCCAAUAAGGUGUAACGUCGCCACAGCGCCCCCGAAAAAUGACAUUCUGGAGCGUUUUUCAGCAUUCGAGAGGGCUUUACGCGUUCUCGCUUACGUAUUCCGGUUUGCAAGAAUGUGUCGCAAGCAAAACGUUAACAUAAAGGCAGAACUCACUGCCGCAGAGUUGUCUGAUGUCCAAGAGAGGCUGAUUGUGCUCACCCAACUCAAUGAGUAUCCAAUAGAAUGCAAGGCCUUAGGCAAAAAGCAACAUAUUCCAGUCUCCAGCACGAUCUCCAAUCUAAACCCCUUUAUCGACAGCCACGGUGUCUUAAGAGCCAGCGGCCGUCUACGAGCAUCUGAGAUGCUAAGCUAUGAUGAGAAACAUCCAAUCAUCAUUCCGGCAAGGUGCACUUUUGCCAAACUUUUGGCCCUCUUUACCCAUCGCAUAUCCUUGCACGGGGGUAAUCAAUUGAUGAUCCGACUGAUUCGCUCCAAGUAUUGGAUACCUAAGCUGAGAAAUCUUGCAAGAGACACCAUUCAUUCCUGUCGAGUGUGCACCAUCCACAGACAAAAGCUGCAAACUCAGCUGAUGGGAGACUUGCCCUGCGCAAGAUCUACCUUUUCCAGGGCCUUUACCCACACGGGCGUUGACUUUGCGGGACCAUUUGACAUAAAAAACUAUCUCGGUCGGGGGUGUAAGAUAACUAAGGGGUAUGUCUGCGUUUUUGUGUGUUUUAGUACCCGAGCCAUCCAUCUAGAAGCUACAUCAGACUUGACCACUGAGAAGUUUCUGGCAGCCUUCUCGCGUUUCUCCGCACGACGUGGCUGUCCGCACCACAUAUACUCUGACAACGGGAAAACAUUUGUCGGAGCCUCCACGUCCCUAUCCAAGGAUUUCAUUGAAGCUACGAGGUCUUUGAUCCUGUCCAAGUACAGUCUUCAAAAUGUGACCUGGCACUUCAACCCUCCUGGCGCGCCUCAUAUGGGAGGGCUAUGGGAGGCCGGUGUCAAAAGCUUUAAGACACACUUCUACAAGCAAACAGCUGGCGGGAAGUACACCUUUGAAGAGUUAGCUACCCUCCUAUCCAAAAUUGAGGCCUGUUUAAACUCGAGGCCUAUUUCUCCAAUGUCCGAAGACCCCGCAGACCUCGUAGCUCUUAGCCCCGGACACUUCCUAGUCGGCGGGCCACUCCUUUCCGUGACUGAGCCCGAGAUUAAAGAAAACCCGAUUUCCAUUUUAAACCGAUGGCAGCGGCUAAAGGCCCUGCAUCAGCAAUUUUGCUUACGUUGGAAAGAAGAGUACCUAAAGGAGCUCCAUAAAAGGACCAAAUGGCAAUUUCCAACGCGAGACAUUCAAACGGGGGACAUGGUGGUGCUAAAAGAGGAGAAUUUACCACCAAAUGAAUGGCGGCUUGGGCGGAUCCAACUGGUGUGCCCAGGCGCGGAUGGCAAGACCCGAGUGGCAGAUGUUCUUACCGCACGUGGCAUUAUCCGACGACCAAUCGCAAAGAUGAUCCGCCUUCCGAUGGAGGCCUCCAGCUCCGAGUGA